CCUAUCUAAUAUGCUAACGGAUGCUAAUACUUUAUUCAGUCCAUAGACAUAUCGCAAGUGCAAAACGCACGACGGAGCAAUUCUCAAAACUCUUGCACGAGAUCAAUGAUAACUCUUGAUACUUAAACGAGUUCCCAAAUAUUAUAGCAAGACCGCUUUUAAAUUUUUGGGAAGCCUGUUGAUUCAAGUAAAGGUUACUGAGUUUAAGGUCUGAUGACAGGUUUUAAAAUAUGGCCAUUACGUUUUACAGAAAAGGGUGAAGUUGAUUAAAGACUAGAUUAAUUCAUACAGUUACAAUGUAUAAAAGCCAGACAUGUACAAAAAUACUCACAUUCGAUACUUUGAUUCUGAUAAAUGACACAACGAAUAUGAUUGAAAGGGUAACGAUAUUUUUGGUCUGGUUGGCAGUUGCCAGAGCUGGCGCCAUUGGGUCUUACUUUACACCUGAAUCCACAACGCCAUCUGCUUACCCUGCUAUCAGUAACCCACCAAAUUACAAAGCGAAUGCAGAACCAGCUCCGAUAUAUGAAAAAGAUGCAUCGCCUCAAGAAACACAAGUCAACUCUGUAGAUAAGCAACGAUUUUCGUUUGAUUCAAUAUAUGCAGAUUCAAUUGGUGCUCCACUUGCAUAUAAUGCUUUAUAUUCUGAAUCAAAUUCACCGACCACUAAAACAAAUUCUGGUCCUGUUACCUAUACUACACACACUCACAGUACUCCAUUUGAACUCCAAGAAAGACCGUACACAGCACCAGAUGUUCCAAAAUCAUCUGGGGUGACAUAUGAUUCUUAUAAUCCGAUACAAAAUGUAGCAAUUAAAAGUCUCGCUUAUGCCGAAGCUCCUGCAGUUUCUCACAUGACAUUCACAGGGCUCGGUACGACAUAUACAUGGUGAAUGUUUAAAAUAUUUAGUUUUUAUGGUAUGCGCGACUGACAGUUUAAUUAAGUAUAAAUUAUAUUACUGCUAUGUAAAGUGCUUAUUUAAGAUAAUUAUCAUGUUACGAAUUAUAUAAUUGUUUUUAUAA